ACUAUCAUUUCAUUCCCGAUGCGAAUGGACUGCUCAGAACCAUACUCACGGAUGUAAAGAGAAUGAUAGAUAGAUCACAUAUAUCUAUUUUUCACACCCUCUCAUUUCACUUCAGCCGAGCCGCUUGCUGAAGUUUGACGUCGCCAGCAUGACUACUAAUCACAUUUCCGCAUCGGAUGCUGACAGCUAUGAUUUCCUCAUAAUUGGUGGUGGCACUGCUGGCUGUGUCAUUGCUGCUCGCCUCGCUGAAUAUCUUCCCCAAAAGCGCAUUCUCCUUAUCGAAGCAGGACCUUCGGAUUUCAUGGACGAUCGAGUGCUAUUGCUGAAAGAUUGGCUGAGCCUUCUAGGUGGUGAUCUCGAUUUCGACUAUCCAACUACUCCUCAGCCUUUCGGAAAUAGCCACAUUCGACAUUCGCGGGCAAAGGUCUUAGGAGGAUGCUCGAGCCACAACACUCUCAUCAGCUUUCGACCUUUUGAGCAUGACUGCAAGCGAUGGGAAGCACAGGGCUGUGUCGGUUGGGAUUUCAAGACGUUCAUGCGGGUGCUGGACAACCUGAGAAAUACCGUACAGCCAGUACACGAGCGACACCGUAAUCAGCUAUGCUUGGAUUGGGUUAAGAGCGCGUCGACAGCUUUGGACAUUCCAGUCAUUCCGGACUAUAACCAACAGAUCGCCGAGAAAGGCGAGAUCCAAAAGGGUGUGGGAUUCUUCUCGGUGUCUUACAACCCCGAUGAUGGUCGUCGGAGCAGUGCCAGCGUUGCGUACAUCCACCCAAUUCUACGGAAGGAAGAGAAGCGUCCCAACUUGACAAUCCUGACCAAUGCCUGGGUCAGCAAGAUCAAUCUAGACGGCAAGAGAGUGACGGGCGUCAAUGUGACAUUACAGGAUGGGACAAAACAUACCCUUCGCGCAAGAGCCGAGACGAUCCUUUGCGCAGGCGCAAUCGAUACUCCCCGUCUGCUGUUACACUCCGGUUUAGGUCCCAAGGAGCACCUCAACGAAGUCGGCAUCGACGUCCUUCACGAUCUCCCCGGUGUAGGCGAGAACCUCGUCGACCACCCGGAAAGCAUCAUCCUCUGGGAAUUAAACCAACCCGUCCCCCUCAACCAAACCACCAUGGACUCCGACGCAGGUCUCUUCAUCCGGCGCGAAGCCACCAACGCCGCGGGCUCGGACGGCGACGUCGCCGACGUCAUGUGCCACUGCUACCAAAUCCCCUUCGUCUACAACACCGCGCGGUUGGGCUACGAAACCCCCGUCAACGCCUUCUGCAUGACGCCCAACAUCAUGCGGCCGCGCUCCCGCGGCAGACUCUACCUCACCAGCGCCGACCCGAAGAUCAAGCCGGCGCUGGACUUCCGCUACUUCUCCGACCCGGAGGGCUACGACGCCGCCUGCAUCGUCGCCGGCCUGAAAGCCGCGCGCAAAGUCGCCCAGCAAGCACCCUUCCGCGACUGGAUCAAGCGGGAGAUCGCGCCGGGCCCGGCGAUCCAGACGGAUGCGGAGCUCAGCGAGUACGGCCGCCGCGCGGCGCACACGGUCUAUCACCCCGCCGGCACGACGAAGAUGGGAGAUGUGGAGAGGAACCACAUGGCGGUUGUGGACCCGCAGCUGAGGAUCCGCGGAUUGCAGAAUGUCCGGAUUGCGGACGCGGGUGUUUUCCCGGAGAUGACGAGUAUCAACCCCAUGUUGACGGUUUUGGCGAUCGGGGAGCGCGCGGCCGAGUUGAUCGCUGAGACUUGGGGCUGGAAGGGUCAUGAUCGGGCGAGGUUGUAGAGAGCGAUAGAGGGGGUCGGGCAAGAUGGGAUUUUCGUGCCUGAUAGGGAGGGAUACUGCUUUUUCCUUCUUCCCCAAUGAUGUGGACGAAUGCGAUGUGUUCCGCUAUUCCUUGCAAAAAGGCCUUUCCAUAUUUUGUGGGCGUUAUUCGUAAAUCAUGAAUUUUUUCUUUUGCAAGUCUCACCACUCUGGUCCAGUCAACCAGAAAUCUUCGAUGAAGCAUUUUCACGGCGUCGCAUGUCUUCGAAAUAUCUGCUCUUCAUAUCAUCCAUGCGGACCUCUAAUAUUUCCAGUGUUUCACCCAUGUUCCGCAAUCGGAGCAAAACGACGCAGUGUAGAGUGA